GCGGCGCCGCAGCGUUCCCAGCAGGCCCCUCCCGGCAGGCAGUGCGCUGUGCCGAGGUCAAGAUGGCGGCGAGGGCAACGGUUGCAGGAGGUGGUCGCCUGAUGGACAGAAUUCGAAAGUGGUACUAUAAUGCGGCUGGAUUCAACAAAUACGGAUUAAUGCGAGAUGAUACAUUGUAUGAAGAUGAUGAUGUCAAAGAAGCACUGAAGAGACUUCCAGAGGAUCUUUACAAUGAAAGAAUGUUUCGCAUAAAGAGAGCACUUGAUUUAAGCUUGAAACAUCGGAUCCUUCCUAAAGAACAGUGGGUAAAAUAUGAAGAGGAUAAGCCUUAUCUUGAACCUUACCUAAAAGAAGUAAUCCGUGAACGACUUGAAAGAGAAGCAUGGAACAAGAAAUAACUAUUGAACUAUUUUGUGCAAAUAGCCACAUCUUUCUGAUAUUUCUAAAGUUCGGUUAUUCAAGUCUUCAGGGAAGCACAUGUAAGGCUGAAGGAAUACUCGUUUCAGCUUGUUCAUUGAGUCUGUUCGUCCAACUAAAAUAAAUAUGUCAGAGUAUAAAAUCACUUGGGAAGGCUUCUUUAUAAAUGUUAGCAAGCUAAUGUUCAGAUCUUUCCUAUGAGCAUAUACAUUACACAUUAGCUUAAUGGUGUGUAGUCUUCAUUCCAGCUUCUUGAUUCUUACUUCUUUCAUAGUACAGCUGUUUCCUGUAGUUAGAGGGUUAGGUAGGAAACACCCAGAAUUGCUGGUUAAGUUGUUAACUUAAAAAAGGAGGUGCUAUUUCCUUCAUCUCUUCUCCCUGGAGAUGAGAAUACAGGGCCAGUGCUUCAUGUUGUGUUGGUGCUGUGAGAUAGCAGAAGUAACAGUCUGUGUAUGUAAGCACGUACAUAUUACAGUAAUGACAAAUGGAAGUGGUUCCUUAACCAUAAAAUCAGGGAAUGUUUCUCUAACUUUUUAUACUAUAUGUGUUGUUAAAGCGUAAAAGAUAAUUUUCAUAAAUCUUAAUGUCUGUCUCAUUUCAGCUUAUGAUAUCUUUGUAAAGGAUAAAAGUGCUAUGCUGAUGUGCUUUCUGCAGUACAAUUAACUUCCCAUUUGUAUUUUUUCUUGCCCUAGAGGACACUGUUUACAAUAAGUGGCCUCAAAUAUUUUAAAUGGUUGUGCUAACAGGGUUAACAUUAGAGAUGUGUGUAAUUCAGGCCCUACGUAAACACAGAAAUGAUUCAGGUGUAUCUGGAAAUACCAGCCCUUGCUGGCUGAAGGCCCUGAGUUUAAUGGUGGUGUUAAUUUGAUGCCUGUUUUGUGUUAUUAUGCACAAAUUGCAAAAUCUGUUCUGUUAUACCCUUUGGUAUGAAGUACACAAUCUUGUGUGGUAGUAACAAGGUAUCAUUUUUGGUAUGUGUGCCUGUCUGACAAAUGCAAAAAUCCCUUCUAAUCCAGGAUUCUGGCUUCUAGCUUUGCUCAUGACACGAGCUGAUCUUUAUCUUUAUGCUUUCAUUGCUUGCAUCUCUAAAAUGACAGAAUCACAGUAUUGUGGGGGUUGGAAGGGACCUCUAGAUAUCAUUGACUCCAACCCCUCUGCUGUAGCAGAUUCCCUACAGCAGAUCACACAAGGUAGGCAGAUAGGUCUCAGAUAUCUCCAGAGGAGACUCCACAACACAAUCUCUGAAACAGAUACAGCUAUUCCUGGGUGAAACAUUUAUCCCAGUAUUUCACACCUGGCAUGGUAAAAACAAAAUGGUGUGAAAAUAUCUGCACUGCCACUAUUCCUUUUGCAAAUAGAUUACAUUAAGAAUGUGAGGCUUCUUUCAUCUCCUAUCUUAAAACCUUAUCGUUGAAACAUACAUCAUUUGAUGGUGCAUUUUUGAGAACUUUAUUAAUAAAGUUAGUAUCUGCUUG